GGGGCGCUGUUCUUGAGACUGAAUAAUGACGUAGAUUUACAGGUGCGGAGGGCGGGGCAGGAGUCACAGACAGAGGAGGAAGAACGCAGAAAGACCGAAAGAGACCGUGGGGAUGUAAGUGUGUAUGCGAUUUUCGGCGCUGCAGGUACAGCGACGUACAGCUUUCUUUCCCAGUCGGGGAACACCAUCUCCCGGAUACAUUACAUUUCUCCCCACAAUGUCUGGUGGAGGAGAAGUCCGUGUUCUCCGCCAGGAGGCUGGGCAGGAGAGCCCGACGAUGCCGGCCUGGAAACGAGAGAUUCUGGAGCGGAGGAAAGCAAAGGUUGGCGGGUCUGGAGCAGGAGCGGCUGAGCCUUGCCCUAGCGCGAGCUCAUCGCGGGUUAAUGGCGACGUAACGGGAAACAGCAGCGCCCCCAAAAAAUACAAUGAAACCAACGCUGAUUCAGUUCGGAACUACACCAUCAUUCCAGCGAGCCAGCACUUUGCAGGCAAGCGUGGCAGUUCCCCCACCUCCGCAGAGCUCUCGCCGGUGAAAACUAACAAAGACCCCUUGACUGCCACCGACCCGUAUGACUCGGAGAAAACGGUAAACGAUGGCGAGGGACAGGAAAGCCUGGUUCUGCAGGACAGUCUAGGCCCAUUGCAGGAGAAUCCCUUCAUCAAACUGGAGAAGGAGCGAAAGAAACGGCAGGACAGGGAGUGUGCCAUUCGUCCCGUCCAGCACAUACUGGAAUUGUAUGGCAGUGUACCUGGAAUUCGGACUAUACGCGCUGAGAAUAUCAUUAUCAUAGAAUCCGAUCCGGAUUACUUUCCGGGGGCCAGUGGAAUAAAAAGCGGGUCUUAUCUGCAGCAGAAUGGGCUAAGCAGUUACAGCUCACUCAAUGACCUCUUGGACAGGAGAGCUGGUGGGGUGACCGAGAUACGGGCAAAGGAGGUGGUUAUUUAUGACACCACACUAAGCAGGAGCGAGGAGAACUUGAGCACGCUAAGUCAUCCUUGUCACGAGGGCGCAUUCGAGACAGGAGAGGGUCAGGGCAGGGUGAGCCGCAUGCUGCAGAAAUUUGACAGCAACUACGGAAAACUGCAACCCAAGUCUCGCAGCACAGAGAACCUACUGGACUUGGAGACCAGUUCAAGCAGGCCAAGACAACGACCCAAGCCACAGCCAGAUCUGGUGCCAAAACACAAAUCACACGCCCAGCCGAGCUCACCAGUCCGCACCCUAGGCAACACACAGUCAUCUUCCUCAGUCUCUCCCAGCUCCCAGUCUUUGCAACCAAAUCUACAGCCCCCUCUUUAUGAGCCUGACAGCAUCCUGCACUCUGCUGGACCCCCUCAAUCAGUGUCUUCCUACCGCCAGCGUUUUGAGGUGAGUGGGGGACACAGUGUGGUGGUCAACCCCAGAGAGAAGGCAGAUGGGCCCCAGACCAAGCCUUUCCGCGAGAGCGAUUGGGAGAGCACAGAGGUGCCCCCCAAAUCCAAGGUGCCAUGCUCUCCGGAUACCUGCUGUGCUCGUGCCGAGUCCCCUGCCAGCCCCACCACACCCCUGAUGUCUCCCCCCUCUCCAGGGUUCAAGAUCUGUCCCUCGCCCCGCCCUGACCUCUCCCUGCUGCCUUCCGGGGACAUCCAGGCUCGUGCCCUUGCCAACCUGCGCCUCCAGUCCCGCAACUCCUUCACCGUCUUCCCCAAACGCCACAGAGCAGCCUCUUCCCCGGGAAGCACGGCCCCCUCCAGCCCCAUCAAGUUUCCUCCCUCCCAGAGAUUGGCAGAGAUGCCCACUCCAGGAGUGCCAAUUCCCAUUACCCCUCCACCCACCCCAGCAGCCUCCAAGAGGAAAGAGGAGGUGAGGGCAGCCAGGCCAACCAAACCAGACCCACCUCUCCCCACUGCCACCCAGCCCCCCUCUCCAUCCCCAGCACCCUCCUCAGUUCCCUCUAUCCAGUCGCCACCUCCAGAGGAUGCCCCAGCUGACCAGCUACCUGUCACCAACAUAGAUGACAUAGAUGUGGACCCUUCGAAGCCUGUAGCCCCCAGUCCAACUCCAGUGGUGCAUGGGCGGAAGGGGAAUACUUUCACUGUGGUGCCUAAACGUAAGUCAGAGCCUCAGCCUGGCUCUCCAGAGCCCCAGGAGCCCUCCGGAGGGGCCCAGACCUCCCCCACGCCAUCCCAGGCCCCCUACGCCCAGCUGGGUUCCCUGCUGAAGAAGCGCUACCCUGCUGUGGAGGAGAUCGAGGUCAUUGGUGGUUACCAGUCCCUGGGACGCUCCUGCCUCAUCAAGACAGGCUCCACUGGCAAGAAGCUGAAGAUAUCGUUCAACGAGUCGAGCAUGCAGAGCAGCUAUGAGUACCCCUCAGAGAGCAGCGUGUGGGACAGCGAGGAGGAGGAGGAGGAGGAGGCGGUGGCGGAAGGGAAGGGAGGAGGUCAGGAGGAGGAUCAACCCAGCAUGGUGGGCCGUAUCCACAUCCCUCGUCCGAGCUACACCAGCAACGGCACUGAUCUGUCCAGUUACAUUCCCAAGCACACUGUGGAUUUUAACAGCUGGCAGGAACAUAAGCUUGAUGACCCUGUUUACCAGGGGGACACCAAUUUCCAGCGCACACAGAUGUCAGGGGAAGUUAUGCUCACCCCAGCAGACAGCUCCUUGCUGUCAGAUUUCAGCAGUGAACCUGCUUUGUACUUCUGAUAUGCCUGGACCAAACAGGAAUGACCACUGCCCUACAGCUUGGACUCAGAACCACAGUUACACAACCCAGGCUGGGACCAGACUCCUACCAGUGCCCAGUGAGACUUAACAGAAUUGGACCUCAAGUCGCACUCCAACACAAUCAAAGCACUCUUUUUUUUUUUUUUUUUUCACACGUUUAAUUUGAUACAUAGACAUCAACCAACCACACAACCCAAGCAGCUGGACUGUCCUCACCCUCACAUGUACAGUUGAUCUGUCUGUUCUCUCAACCACUACCAAUUCCUUUCACUGACUGCCAUUGAGCGGUGAAGUCUGAACCAGAUCUCUGACAGACUGUAUUUGAUUCUUGAAAGAUAAUGAUGCAUUAUAAUGCUGUUUUCCAGGCUUUACGAUCUCUAGAAGGCGGCUGUCUGGCUCCAUUCUGUCUGCCUUGAUGUCUCUCUGUCGCCAUCAUUGUUGUCAUAUUAUAUAUACUGCGUAUGUAUAACAGGAAUGACCACAAUACAAUGCAUUCAAAAAGUAUUCAGACCCCUUGACUUUUUCACUUUGUAUCUACACACAAUACCCUAUAAUGACAAAGCAAAAACAGGUUUUUAUAAAUUACAUUUAUGAGUACUUUGUUUGAGCACCUUUGGCAUCGAUUACAGCUUCGAGUCUUCCUGGGUAUAACGAUACAAGCUUUGCACCCCUGUAUUUGGGGAGUUUCUCCCAUUCUUCUCUGCAGAUCCUCUCAAGCUCUGUCGGGUUGGAUGGGGAGUAUCACUGCACAGCUAUUUUCCGGUCUCUCCAGAGAUGUUUGAUUGGGUUCAAGUUCGGGCUCUGGCUGAGCCACUCAAGGACAUUCAGAGACUUGUCCUGAAGCCAUUCCUGCAUUGUCUUGGCUGUGUGCUGAGGGUUGUUGUCCUGUUGUAAGGUGAAUCUUUGCCCCAUUCUGAGGUCCUGAGCAUUUUGGAGCAGGUUUUCAUCAAGGAUCUCUCUGUACUUUGCUCUGUUAAUCUUUCCCUCGAUCCUGACUAGUCUCCAAGUUCCUGCCGCUGAAAAACAUCCCCACAGGAUGAUGCUGCCACCAUGCUUCACCAUAGGGAUGGUGCCGGGUUUCCUCCAGACUGGCACUCCAGACAAUUGGCAUUCAGGUCAAAGAGUUCAAUCUUGGUUUCAUCAGACCAGAGAAUCUUGUUUCUCAUGGUCAGAGUCCUUUAGGUGCCUUUUGGGUAACUCCAAGCGGGCUGCAUUGUGCCUUUUACUGAGGAGUGGCUUCCGUCUGGCCACUCUCCCAUAAAGAACUGAUGAGUGGAGUGCUGCAGAGAUGGGAGAAUCUUCCAGAAGGACAACCAUCUCAAUAGAGGAACUCUGGAGCUCUGUCAGUGACCAUCAGUUUGGCCGCGCGGCCAGCUCUGGGAAGAAUCUUGGUGGUUCCAUACUUCCUCAGUUUUAAGAAUGAUGGAGGCCACUGUUCUUGGGGACCUCCAAUGCUGCAGAAAUGUUUUUGGUACCCUUCCCCAGAUCUGUGCCUCAACACAAUCCUGUCUCGGAGUACUAUGGAUAGUUCCUUCGACUUUAUGGCUUGGUUUUUGCUCUGACAUGCACUGUCAACUGUGGGACCUUAUAUAGACAGGUGUGUGUCCAAUCAAUUACAUUUACCACAGGUGGAAUCAAAUCAAGUUGAAGAAACAUCUACAUUUCCAGUCUCAUAGAAAAAGGUCGGAAUACUUAUUUACAUAAGGUAUUUCAUGUUCUAUUUUUUUUUAAUAAAUGUGCAAACUAUUUUAACCUGUUUUCACUUUGUCAUUAUGGGGUAUUGUGUGUAGAUUGAUGAGGAUAUGUUUUGUUUAUCCAUUUUAGAAUAAGGCUGUAACAAAAUGUGGGAAAAGUCAAGGGGUCUGAGUACUUUCCGAAUGCAGUGUAUGGUGUCUGUGUCCUUGUAAAGGGGAUUGUGGUGUUGACCAAAUUCCUUAAACAAGGAAGCCAUCCUGAGCUGAGGACGCCACACUUCAUAGGGAAUGGGCAGACAAAAACAAACAAUACUUAAAUGCGGCAAGGGUUCCAAAAUCCUAGUCAUUUGUUUUUCUACCUGAUUUCAGACUUGGUUCCCCUUAGAGAAUGCUUCUUCUGUGUGCCUUUUUAGUUUUUGUAUGUUUCCAAUGUUGUGUUGGAGAUUUUGCCAGAAGAGUGCAAGAGCAAGCGAAUGUCAACACUCACCUCUUAUAAUUAAGAAAUGCUCUGUAGACCUGCUCAACUUUGUUUGAUCAUCAGAGCUGUGAAGUACUGCUUCAAAUAUUGCCUCAGCCUCGUGACCAUUUGAUGUUAUACCUUCUGCAAGAAGCUUAAUGUCAAAUGGACAGUAAAUUAGACCCAUUGUCUAAAAUACUAUUAUAAACCAUUUCCCCCGUUCAGUGUUAAUGUUUGAACACUGCCAAGUGUGAAAGAUACCAAGAUCAAAGGUAAACCAAGAAUAGCAACUAUUGAAACAAUUCACCAGCAUGUGCAUUUGAAAGGUCGCCUUUCAGAUACUCGUUCUUGUGUAGUAUAUGGAUCAAAUAGCUGUGCUAGAUGGAACAAGGAAGGGUGUGUCCUCAUGGCCAUGUUUUUCCUUCAUUGACCAGUGAAUAGCUUCUGACCUCCUACACAUUCACAUUCCAUAGAGCAGGGUUUCCCAAACUUGGUCUGCGUUUUUGUUUUUUGCCUUAACACUACACACUUGAUGAAUAGUUGAUUUGAAUCAGCUGUGUAAUGCUAGGGCAAAAACCAAACCAUGCAGUCAUUGGGGUCCAGAGGACUGCGUUUGGGAGCCCCUGCCACAGUGAGCUGGACUAUUUUAGUAAUGAAGACAUUGUUCUUACACAAUUGUUUAUUGGAGACUUUUUAAAAAAAGAUGGCUCUAAAUCUUCAAGAUUUUUACUCAAUGCCAAUUGACUCGUUAAUUACUGUGGUGGACAACUCGCAUUCUCAAACAUUCCGGACAGUAUUGAUGUACAGUUUAUAUACUCCACAAUGUAUUGCUUUUUGAAUAUCUUCAAAGGAAGGGGUUUAGAUUACAGGACUGGCAACAUUUCUAUACUGUAACUGUUUCAUGAUUAGACACUUGUCAAGAUUUUAUUUUAAACCUCACAGGCAAAGUGAAAGUGUUCAAUUGAUGUACAUGAGAAACGAGGAAUGAAUCUCUUUCUGCCACAACCCUAUUGGGGAAACCAGGGAAUGAUAACUGGUUAGUGUCCACUGAUAAUCCCACAAAGCAUAUAGAGCACACCUGCCAUUCAUCUGUGCCAACUGCUGCAUUUAGGACCAAAUCCCUAAGUAGGCCAGCAGCUUUUCCUGGGAAUUGUGCCUUUAAUUGAAUCAGGGGACCAAGAGCCAGGGCUUUAUAAUGGCAUGUUUCAGUGACACCAGCAAGAUUGGGAUGAGAUGGAUUCACUUGAAAGAAUAUUGAUGAAGCCCGGGACCAUUGUAUAUUCCUCCUGUUAAGAAAGAUGAGGCUUCCAGCUACACAGCUAUUAAUCUCCAGCAUCAAAGAUGUGCUUACUGUAAAAUGUGUAGUUGUCAAUGAUUUGGGCAAAAAAGAUGUCAGAACUGUACAAAUGAAAUCUCAAUAAAUAGAUGAAGCAUU